CCGACCACGAACUAGCCUACCACUUCACGGACUAUCAGUGUGUGUGUUUUAACUGCAGACCUACAAAAGAGCAUCCUGGAGAGCAGAAUGGACCGUUUGCAAAGCCUUGAGUGAAGAUGACCUUAAAAGCUACCAAAACAUGGUUUUUACGACUCCUCCCGGUUGUGCUCUUCUUCAUCUGUUAUUAUUGCUCUCAGUUCUACUUUGAGAGCUCUGGAGGAAAGUCUCCUCAUCCCACGCUUGCUCUGUGUCCAAACUACCGGCUGCAGAAGAAGUGGGAGAAUCUGAACCUAAACAUGAGCCGAAAGCCUGAUCUCUUCCUGAAGCUGGAGGAUUUCUUCUGGAAGGAUCAUCUGUCGGCUGAAGCUCUGCCCUACGGUAUUAAAGGCAGCGAGCUGCUGCUUCUGAAGGUUUUGGCGGCGAUUUCCAGCUUCACGAUGCCAGCGAACAUCGAGAGUUUGGACUGCAGGACGUGUGCAGUCAUUGGAAACGGCUUUGCUUUAAAAAACAGCUCUCUGGGGGAGAUCAUUAACAAAUACGACGUGGUGAUCAGACUGAAUGACGCCCCUGUAAGAGGCUUUGAGGAGGACGUGGGUAACAAGACCACUCUGCGUCUGUUUUAUCCCGAAUCCGCCUCCUAUAAUCCGGGUAUCCACAAUGACCCGGACACCCUGCUGGUCCUGGUUCCUUUCAAACAGCAGGAUCUGCGCUGGCUCAAAGAGAUCCUGUAUGACGAGAAGAGGGUUCAGAAGGGUUUCUGGAAGCCUCCUCCUCAGAUUUGGCUUGGCCGGGCUAGUCAGAUCCGUGUGCUGGACCCGUAUUUCCUCCGAAUAACAGCACGAAAGUUUCUCCAAAUUCCCGUGCAGCCGCGCAAACAACAGAAAGCUGUUCAUCCCACCACUGGUCUUCUGGCAGUGUUUGUGGCUCUGAAUUACUGCGAUGUUGUGCACGUGGCAGGAUUCGGGUAUCCAGCAUCCAGAAACCAGAAUCAGCCCAUCCACUAUUAUGGACAACAAACCAUGAAGUCUAUGAAGAAUUCCUACCACGAUCUGAAUCAAGAAGCUCAAAUUCUCCACAGGCUUGAAGAGCAGGGAGUGAUUUUAUAUCUGCAUCCUCAUUCCUGACACACGUCCACACGUUCAGCUUAUGAAGACACAUGAAGCGUGUAAAUCCAGCACUACAGACAGCAUCGCCAUCUACAGGCAGAACACCCCGCUGCAGAGCUGCUGACUGACUGAUCCUGUUCUUCUGUGCUUUACACAAAUACGCCAGACCCAGUGGCGGUUCUCAGGGGGUCCAGGGGGGGUCCAGUGUAUCCUCAUCUACAAGCUUGGGCUCCUUAAUUUGGAUCGUGGAUUAAUGGAGCCAGGGAGGUUCAUUCCUGCAAGAUAAACUCGCUACUGAUUGUUCAGAAACACAAGCCCAAUGUUAUUAGAUUUAUUAUAAUCAGGUUGAACUAUUAUUAAUUAUGCAUUAUUAUUAAUUGUACCAAAAAAUACAAUAUAUAUAUAUAUAUAUAUAUUUGGAUUGUCUCCAGAACAAACCACUGUUAUGCAGGGACUUGCCUAAUUACCCUAACUUUACACUAAUUACCCUAGUGAAGCCUUUAAAUGUCACUUUAAGCUGAAAACUAGUAUUUAUGUACCUAUUGUGGCAAUGAUUAAAAAUAUAUAGUUAUUAUAAAUUAAUUAUUAAAGCUAUUAUAAAUUUAAAAAUAUAAUAUUCUCUCUGUUUAACAGCACUUUGGUAAAUAUGUAAAAAUAAUUCAACUUUUACAGGAGGACGAAUCAUUUUUGUUCUCCAUUUUUUAAUUUAAUUUGAUUUGAUUUCAUUAAUCCAGAGGGAAAUUGAUUUGUCCAAGCGGCACACACACAUCACAUUAAAUACAGAUUUAAACAUGCCAUUAAGUGAUUCAGUUUCAGGAGAAAGUGAUGUCUGAUGCCGCAGAACUGUGAAGAGUGUCAGUAAAUGCACUGGACAACAACAACAACAACAAAACAGCAACAAGAGAUACAAAUAAAUUAAGUAUCUUGUCACAUUUUGUAAAAAAUUAUGCCCUAAAUCUACAUGUUUUUUUUGAUAAUUACAUACAAAUAAUCACAGUAUGUACAUGUUAAAUAUGAGGCAACCAGGAUUAUGGAAACUUUGCAGAGUAAGCAGCUAUUAAAAAAAACAGAUUUUAUAAUAUUUAAUAAUAAUAAUAAUAAUUCAUUAAUUAAUUUUCCUUUGUCUUAGUCCAUUAUUUCUCAGGAGUCACCACAGCGGAAUGAACCGCCAACUUAUCCAGCAUAUGUUUCACACAGCGGAUGCCCUCCCAGGUGCAACCCUGUUCCGGGAAACAUCAAUACACUUUCACAUUCACACACACACACACACACACUUAUACACCAAUUUAGUUCAUUAAUUCCCCUAUAGCGCAUGUGUUUGCACUGUGGGGGAAACCGGAGCACCCGGAGGAAACCCACGCCAACACGGGGAGAACAUGCAAACUCCACACAGAAAUGCUAACUGAUCCAGCUGAGGCUUGAACCAGCAACCUUCCAUCUUCUAGCUUGAUAAAUUUUGCCUUAUUGUUAAAGUAAUUUUAGGAUGUUUACACCUUUAAUUAGAAUAAUUAAUUAUGUCGAAUAUUACAUCAAAUAGUUCUGAAUGUAGGAUGAGAUCAGUGUUAAACCGUGGCCCCUAAAAGCACGAGUUCCCCCCGUCUGAUCCUCCAGUUACUGUGGUCCAGAACCGCCACUGGUCAAACCGCAGGUAUUUAUGAUCUGAAUGAUUCGUUUUCAUUUAUUAAUGUGUUUGUUUGUUUCCGUUUGGGAACUUGUUUUUUAAAUACCACCGCAGGAUUUCGUGAACUUCUGAAGUAUUUAAUAAAAUGAAAAGGUAUGCA